AUGCUGAAUGAUGGAGAAGAAAUGAGAUACCAAGGCGUGAGAAAGAGAAAAUGGGGGAAAUAUGUGGCCGAAAUUCGGUCAGGAAAGAGAUCACGCAUAUCGCUGGGCUCAUAUUCCACUGCCUACGCUGCAGCUCGAGCUUAUGACACCGCGCUCCUGUGCCUUCGAGGACCCAACGCAAUGUCUUUCAAUUAUCCAGACUCGAAGAUCAACUCAACUGCAUUGGAGGUGACAAAUGCAGAGAGCAAUCCAUCACCUGAGGCUGUUCGAGCAGCUGCCAUCGCGGUUGGCUUCGCCUAUGACACAUUUCCCCAAGCGGGUACGCGCAUUGAAGAAGCACCACCGGCUGAAGAUUCAGUAAAAGAUAAAGCACAUCAAGUGGCAGAAGAAGAAGAGAAUGAUACAAAAUAUCUGUUACAAUCUCCAGAACAUAUACCACUUGAGGAGAGCGUUCAGAUGCCUCCACUUCAGCCGGAUCCGCAAGUCGUGACACAACCCUACGACCAAUCUGAUCUUUUCUAUAAUUUAGAUACUUGGGACGCCUCGGCAAGGCCGCCUACAUAA